AUGCGUAUAUAUGUUAAUUUGCGUCUCAACGAGGGAAGGGACGCGCAGUGAUUGUUGAGCAGCACGAGGAUGACGAAAUUGAGUGAAGCUGGUGACGGCGUAGAAAUUGGAUGUGCGGAUUGUUUUUGUUAAUGGAAUCCAAAAGGAAAUUGGAGCGGAAGGACGUUGUCCAUGGGGAACUGUCGGCUUAUAAAAGCAAAUUCUUCCGGAUUGAUAUACGGGAUGAUCAGUACGAGCACCUGUUAAGAAACAGCUUUCGAUCGAGCCAUCUAUCGCAGCUGGGACUGGGAAUACUCAGGCAGGAAAAGCCGGAUUCUUUGGCGACCUCAGGUGAAACGUGUGCCAUAAUGUCCAGUGGUAGCAGUAGCUGUCCAAAGGGACGCAGCCCGCUGGCGAAUGUGUCAAAUCAGACACAAAUCAACAGCUGUUAUUUACCUGCCAAUCAGGUAGCAGGUCACACACAGAACGGCAACAAUGAAUCCAAUAUGAGAAAGUACAUCAGCAUUUUGAACGACGAAAAAUUCUUCCUGUAUCGGAGACGUACGGGCAAGCAGAUGCCCGCAGUGGACCACUUUAGUCAGCUGUCCGAUGAAAUGAUGCUACAGAUAUUCCGUUGGCUGCCGAAAAAGACACUGAUGCGAUGCAGUCAGGUUUCCAAGCGGUUCAAUCGAGUGUCCCAGGAUGAGACAUUGUGGACGCGGUUAGAUCUUUCGUGUAGAUCCCUCCGGGAAGGUGCUCUGGGAAGAGUAAUUUCCCGGGGAACUGUUAUCCUGCGGUUAGCACAGGCAUGCAUCUCCCAUCCGGUCUAUUCGAUAAAUAGCGAGGAAUCUCAGUUCCAAACAAAAUUACAGUUUCUAGACCUGAGUAUGUGCUCGAUUGAGCUUGCGACUUUGCAUGAACUACUUUCUCACUGCAAAUCGCUGCGCAAGCUAAGCCUCGAAAACGUGUCAUUGGAUACGAACUGCUGUGAGGAGAUUGCGCGCAACGAGAAUUUGGAAGCGCUAAAUCUUACCAUGUGUGAAGGUCUGAAUGCCUACAAUGUGACCCUGCUUAUGCAGAAGCUGACUAAGCUGCACAGUUUGAACAUCUCUUGGACAAAUCUGACGCGAUCGUCGGUAGAGGCACUUGUGAUCCACGUUACGCCAAGUCUUCUGAGGCUCAAUGUAGCUGGCUGCCGUCAAUCGAUGAAUGAUGCUAGCCUGGAUAAGCUGAUAAAUCGUUGCCCGGAUUUACUGGAACUGGACCUAUCGGAUUGCACGCAGCUAACCUCGGAAGCCAUAACCGUAGUUUGUAAGCUGAAAAAACUGGAAUAUUUGUCACUGUCCCGAUGUUACAACAUCAAUGUCACUUCCUAUCUACUACUUAGCGAACUUCACUCACUCCUGUUUCUGGACGUAUUCGGACUCUUGUCCGAUCAGGCCAUCACAAUGCUGCAGACAUCGUUUCCCGGCGUAGGAAUCAACAAGUUUAUGCAUAGCUCGGUAGCGCGACCAACCGUCGGCACCCGGAGAACAUCGAUUUGGGGGCUGCGAACGAGGGAUUGAUGAAAUCGAUAAACUACCUAUCGGUUUUUUUUCGUUCCCUUGUUACACGUCAAGAAAGCAGCUAAUCGGAUUGAAUAGAACUAGUAGCUUAGUGAUUACAGUUCACGCUAAUGAUUUAUUUAAAUUCAAGUUUGAAAACAAAUGCACUUCUAAGCGCAGAAGAUGAUGAAUAUAAUAGAAUGUAUUAUUUUUUGCUAAA